UCCAGAGACUGAAAGGGGCAUCCUGCACCCAGGUCCUGUCUAUCUGUCUGUCUUUCUAUCUUGCAUUCCGAUUCAAGAGCCUGGAGGCAGCCAGGAUCUUUAGCUAUGGCUGUCUUUAUUCUUUUGUCCCUGUGGAGUGUUCUGGUGAUGGGCAUGGGUGAAGGUGGUGCUGGGAGUGAGGAAGGAGUUGAGAAGGAGUGUCAUCCUGGCCUGCCUCCCUUCUGCCCCUCCGGAUCUCCCAGUGCCCAGCCCUGGACACAGCCUGGCCAAAGCCAGCUGUUUGCUGACCUGAGCCGAGAAGAGCUGACGGCUGUGAUGGGCUUUCUAACCCAGGAGCUGGGGCCAGGCCUGGUGGAUGCAGCUCAGGCCAGACCCUCAGACAACUGCAUCUUCUCGGUAGAGCUGGAGCUGCCCCCCAAGGCUGCAGCCCUGGCCCACCUGGACAGGGGGAGCCCCCCGCCUGCCCGGGAGGCACUGGUCAUCGUCUUCUUUGGAGGACAAGCCCAGCUCAAUGUGACUGAGCUGCUGGUGGGGCCCUUGCACCCCUCCUACCUACGAGAUGUGACUGUGGGGCGUCAUGGGGGCUCCCUGCCCUAUCACCGACGCCCCGUGCUCAUGCGAGAGUACCUGGACAUAGACCAGAUGAUCUUCAACAGAGAGCUGCCCCAGGCUGCUGGUCUCCUCCACCACUGCUGCUCCUACAAAUGCCAAGGACAGAACCUGAUGACGAUGACCUCAGCCCCCCGUGGUUUGCAAUCAGAGGACAGGGCCACCUGGUUUGGCCUCUACUACACCAUCUCAGGGGCUGGGUUCUUCCUGCACCCCAUAGGCUUGGAGCUUCUGGUAGACCACAAGGCUCUGGACCCUGCUCGCUGGACCAUCCAGAAGGUGUUCUUUCAAGGCCGCUACUAUGAGAGUCUGGCCCAUCUGGAGGAGCAGUUUGAGGCCGGCCUGGUGAACGUGGUGGUGAUCCCAGACAACGGCACAGGUGGGUCCUGGUCCCUGAAGUCCCAGGUGCCUCCGGGUCCGGCUCCCCCUCUGCAGUUCCAUCCCCAGGGCCCCCGCUUCAGUGUCCAGGGGAGUCGAGUGGCCUCCUCAUUGUGGACUUUCUCCUUUGGCCUCGGAGCUUUCAGUGGCCCAAGGAUCUUUGACAUCCGAUUCCAGGGAGAACGGCUGGCUUACGAGAUCAGCCUCCAAGAGGCCUUGGCUGUCUAUGGUGGAAAUUCCCCAGCAGCAAUGCUGACCCACUAUAUGGACGGCAGCUUUGGCAUGGGCAAGUACUCCACGCCCCUGACCCGUGGGGUGGACUGCCCCUAUCUGGCCACCUACGUGGACUGGCACGUCCUUUUGGAGUCCCAAGCCCCCGAGACACUACAUGAUGCCUUUUGUGUGUUUGAGCAGAACCAGGGCCUGCCCCUGAGGCGACACCACUCAGAUUUUCAUUCCCACUAUUUUGGGGGCCUUUUGGAGACAGUGCUGGUCUUCAGAUCUGUGUCGACCUUGCUCAACUAUGACUACGUGUGGGAUAUGGUCUUCCACCCCAGUGGGGCCAUCGAAGACAAAUUCCAUGCCACAGGCUACAUCAGCUCAGCGUUCCUCUUUGGUGCUGCCCGAAGAUACGGAAACCAGGUUGGGAAACACACGCUGGGCACGGUCCACACGGUCCACAGUGCCCACUACAAGGUGGAUCUGGACGCGGGAGGACUGGAGAACUGGGUCUGGGCUGAGGACAUGGCUUUUGUCCCUACGGCGGUACCCUGGAGCCCCAAGCACCAGAUACAGAGGCUGCAGGUGACCCGGAAGCUGCUGGAGAUGGAGGAGCAGGCCGCCUCCCCCCUGGGAGGUCCCUCCCCUCGCUAUCUGUACCUGGCCAGCAAUCACAGCAACAAGUGGGGGCACCCGAGGGGCUACCGCAUCCAGACAGUCAACUUUGCUGGGGAGCCCCUGACCCAGAACAGCUCCAUGGAGAGAGCCUUCAGCUGGGCGAGGUGCCAGCUGGCUGUGACCCAGCGGAAGGAGGAGGAACCCAGAAGCAUCAGCAUCUAUAACUUGAAUGACCCCUGGACCCCCACCCUGGACUUCACUGACUUCAUCAGCAAUGAGACCAUUGCUGGGCAGGACUUGGUGGCCUGGGUGACAGCCGGUUUCCUGCACAUCCCCCAUGCAGAGGACAUUCCCAACACAGUGACUGUGGGGAAUGGCGUGGGCUUCUUCCUCCGACCCUACAACUUCUUUGACCAGGACCCCUCCAUCGAUUCUGCUGACUCCAUCUACUUCCGGGAGGACCAGGAUGCUGGGAGCUGUGAGGUCAACCGCCUGGCUUGCCUCCCCGAGGCUGCGGCCUGUGCCCCCCACCUUCCUGCCUUCUCCCACGCGGGCUUCUCCCACAGCUAGGUGGUUCCUGGGAUGGGGAAUGUGGCUGGGACCCCAGUGCCAGGGAGUGUGGGGAGGGGAGGGGAUGGGCACUGGAUGGGGCCGCCCUCCCUUCCCUCCCCCUCCCUGCUGGGAGCAUCCUGAGUCUGUGAUGCCUGACACAGGGGGUUCUCAGCUUUGUUGACCCCAAACCUCCUGGGUUCCUGUCGCAGAGAAGAGAGGAAUGGCCAGCCGGGAGUCUAAAGUGAUGGCCAUACUUUUCCC